AUAAGUAGAGAUAUCGUUUAUCUCGCAAGAAACUCUCAUCAACUAAAGCUAAUUAUUUAAUGUUUGUUUGGUGAUAUGGCUGAUCAGCAGCGAGGCCACAACACCUCAGAUUCUCGCCGGAAAUCUCUAGCCGGAAAAAGAACCUCACAGCAAACUCCGACGUCAUCACUUAGUUCCGGCGGAGUAUCCAUGGCAGCUGCAACGACGGGGACAGGGACGGCUUCGCCUUGUGGGGCUUGCAAGUUCUUGAGAAGGAAGUGUGUGAGUGGAUGCAUUUUCGCUCCACAUUUUGGGUCAGACCAAGGAGCGGCUAGGUUCGCGGCGGUUCAUAAGGUUUUCGGAGCCAGCAACGUGUCGAAACUGUUGCAUCAUAUUCCGGUGAACCGUCGUCAUGAUGCGGUGGUUACGAUCUCAUACGAGGCUCAAGCUAGGCUCUCUGAUCCUGUCUAUGGCUGCGUCUCAACCAUCCUUGCUCUCCAACAACAGGUGGCCUCGCUACAGGCGGAGUUAUCGGUGGUGCAAUCACAACUGAUAAACAGUAGAGUCGCAAUGGCCAACGUUAUGCAACAACAAACUCAUCACCAACAACAGCAACAACAAUUAGUCGUUAUGCAACAACCCGAAUACUCCAACAACUCCUCCGCCUCCACCACUCUCGCCGGAGCCGCCAUGAACAGCUUCACCAUGACGGCAGAUGCAGCAGCCGUCAGCUAUGACGUCAUGGCUCCGACUAACUUAGAACAUUCGUUGCAGCCAAUGCCACCGCAUCAGCAAAGGAGAGGAGAUUAUCAGCAUGAGGAUGAGGAAGAGAGCGGUGCUGAUUUUUCGGUGGCUGUUGGAUCGACGGCGGUGGCUUCGAAGGUUAUAUUUCCGGCGGAGGAUUUUCACCGGAGAUGAAUGUAUUACCUAGGGUUUGUCUUUAAUUUAAAUAUAUCUCCGUUUUUAUAAUAAUGUUGAGAAAGAGAAUAAGUAUAUCCAGCAGACGUAUACUAUACAUGUAGAGUUGUCGUGAAAUAUUUGAAUGAGAUAUAUGCAUGUAGUUAUUGGUUAAUUAUCAU